AUGACAAACAGCUUCUUGCUCGCCCUGAUGGCGCUAUCGGCCACUGGAACGUGUCUCGUGCCAAUGUUCGGUCUACUUUGUCGAUUGCAGCCACAGUUCAUGCACGGCCUGAGCAAUCGCACCAGCAGGGCCGAGGUCAAUUGCUAUAUAGUAGGCGCCCUGUACGCCGGUGUAUUCUUCACGUGCCUACUCAGUUCUCGCAAUUGCUGGGGCAAGAAACAAGAAACGGCUCUGAGCACUGGUCUAAAGAGGAAUAAGCGCUACAAGCUUCCGUUUGUGGAGCUGGAGAGCAAGGAGUUUGUCCGCGCCAUGGAAAUAAUGGACAGGAACGACGACCGCCGUGCCCGAGCUUUUCACGGCGUUUCGCUCCGUCGUCUGUAG